CGUGGUUGGAUACCGUUUGGGGGCGUGGUUUAGGGAGGGGGCGUGGCUCACGUGGCGCGCCGGCACCUCGGGGCGCGCUGUGCAUCGCGUUGACCGGCGCCCCUGACAGCUCCGCUCCAUCCCUUCUGCGCACGGGUUGCCCAGACCGGCCCUCCUCGGCUCCCCCGCUCGGCUGUGCCCCGAGGAGCGUCCCGCACCGGCACCGCGGGGAUCCGGGGGGACGAGGGGCAACAGAGCUGUCCUGAGUGGAGCUGUUCCAAGGGCGGGCGGCGGCAGGACAGGGCACCCCUCAGCUCCCGGUGCCCUGGAGCCGCCAACGGAGCCACCCAUGGCUGUGCCUCGCCAGGUGCCGGUGACGCUGGAGGAGGUGACGGUGUGCUUCUCAGUGGAGGAGUGGGCGCUGCUGCAGGAGUGGCAGCGGGAGCUGCACCGCGAGGUGACGGCAGCGACGGCGCAGCUGCUGGCAUCUCUUGGUGAAGAACUGGCGCUUCCCUCUGGCACUGCAGAUGCGGACGGACCACAAGAUGCAGCUGCAGGGCAGGAGCCGCGAGGACCCCCGAGCAGUGCGUCCCUCUGUGCCCUGGUGCGCCUGGUGAGGGACAUCCCCCAGUUCCUCUUUGGCAGCUCCAGUGCUGCAGGGCCACGUGCUGCUGCUGCUGGGGAUAUGGCACUGCGAUCUGAGCUUCUGGGUGCAGGUGGUGAAGCACAGGCAGCUCCAGAGAAUUCCAAUCUCAAUGUCCCGGAGGGAGCAGUACCAUCAUGGCAUGGCAGCCCCAGCAGCACAGCGCCCACGGCACCGCAGUGGGUUAAACCAGAAGCGCUGGCUGAGAGCUCCCCACUGUGGAGCCUGGAGAGGUGCCUGGAGGAGCUGCCGAGGGGGGACCCCCGCCCACCCAGGACUCCAAGCAGCAGUGAGGGGCACCGGGCAGAGCUGGGGGGGCUGUGCUCACAUGGAGCUGGGAGCAUUGGGCACAGCCCCCUGCAAGGGCUGCUCGAGUGUCUGAGGGCCACCACCAUCCCAAAGACAUCGUGCUAUUCCCCACUGGCGGCUUCCCAUGGCAAAUGGAGGGCUGUGGAGCCAAGUGCCUUGAGGAGGGGGGGCCAGAGCCCCUCUGCAGCAGGCAAAGCCCUGGUGACACCAUGUGUCCACCAAAUGGAGAUCUCAAAGUGGACGAGCAUGAACACAUCCACUGGGGACACUGGGACAGAGGAGCAGAGGGGGCUGGAGAUGAGCCCUGUGCUGGACGAGGCCCCGCUGCGCAGUCUGCUCCGGUGUCUGAGGUCUGUGGCAGUGCAGGCGCCGUGCCGGGACCCCGUGGGUGCUGCGUUGGCACUGAGUGGUGCUGAGGCAUCACCCCGACAUUGCCCCACUGCAGGGACCACGGUGAGCCCUGCAGAGAACUGUGUGCUGGGGGACAGCUGCACUGAUGGCAGCAUGCGGCCGUGUGCCCAUGUCCCUGCCAUGGGAACAGCGACCAAGAGACCCUCCUUGGGUGGCACCAAGCGCUCACCCUGCAGCUCCUGCAGCACGGCCACAGGGGCACCCAGGGCCACGUCCGCUCUGGGCUCCAGCGCUCAUCCCAGGACUUGUCCCGGGGGGGUCCCUGCAUCCCCAAGGAAGCGCCGUGGCUGUGGGGGAACCUUGGAACUGCGGGCGGAGUUGGCACAGCUGCGCACUGCUGUGGCAGAGAAGCUGAACCGACUGCGCCGGGACGUGGGCACGGCACAGCGGGAGGUGCUGGGGGUGCGCGGCCGCUUGGCACGGCUGGAGCAGGGGGCACGGGGCAGGGCACGGGAUGUGGCUGCGCUCAUCCGCAGCCGCCGGCGCCUCCGUGAUGCCAUCCGGCGCCUGGAGGGACGGUGCUGGGCGCUGGAGAGCCGGGCCUGGCGCGGCAGCCGUGCGCUGCCCGACGGCUCCGAUGCUGUCAGCAUCCUGCAGAUGGUGCUGCCGGCGGUGCUGGGCCUGGCGCUUCCUCGCUGUGGGUCCGGAGCAGCCAACAGCUCUGCGGCCCCACGGGAUUUCGGGGCUUUAUGAUGGGGGUGGUGCACCGCUCCCUAACCCAGCCCUGGCCGCUGCCUGUUCCUCAGCAGGGUCCCCACCAUGGUGAGCUCAACCCCUCCUGUACCCCCUGUCCCCUGCUUCCAAUACAGGACUCCCCUGCCCCGCAGUGCGCAUGGAUCCAUGCUGCAAUAAAGUGGGGCUGGUAAAGCUGAUUCGGUUUCAUCCGUGGCUCUGGAUGGGAU